AUGACGUCACCUAAAGAAAUGCGCAUGAUGGAUCCAUACUUCGGGAGUAUGAGCAACAGGAACAGAGUUCACCGUUGGACACGCCAUCGAGGGGAGGGGACGGGGAUCGUCACCAUGGGAGGCGGUGAUUCCGGCGGAGCUGAUGACGAAGAAAGUCAAAGGAGUCCGAGUCCGAGUCCGAGUACGCCGCCGACAGGGAGUGGCCCAGGCCCAUACACGCUGCUACCGGAGACACCCAAUCAAACAGGCCCAUCGAGUGACGCCUUAAAGAGAGAACAGAAAUUUGUAGAUUGUCUCGAAUCACCUACGGUCGAUACUUCGGGCAGUCCAGAAGACUCGAAGUCCUUGCGAGGAAACGCAGAGAAUACCUCGACGCUCUUCGGCUUGUUUUCGCCUCCGGUACUCAGAAACUCAAUCAGACUAUCAGGCAUCCAAUCCAAAUCGAUGUCGCUAGGACUAAUCCUGAGUCUAGAGCGAAUUCUCUAUGUAUGGUCGGUCCGACAUCCAGCGAGUGGAUACGUGCAAGGGAUCAACGACCUAGUCAUGCCAUUCUUCAAAGUCUUUCUGACGGCAUAUAUGAAUGGGGAGGAGGCGGAUGUGGGCCGGUUGCCAGCGGAAGCCCUGGAAGCAAUCGAGGCCGACUCGUUUUGGUCGCUCUUUAAACUCCUCGAUGGCAUUCAGGAUAACUACAUCUUCGCUCAACCCGGCAUUCAACGUCAGGUGGCUCGAAUGAAAGAACUCUGUGAACGCGUUGAUGUAAUUGACUGA